GCGGUCCCUCACCUUCAGCUUCGUAUUGCGCGUACUCGCGCCUGGCCAGGCUGGGUUUAAAGGGCCAGUUCACUUGCAACCUGGCUUUUAAAAGAUCGCUCUUUUGUAAUCGCUGUCUGAGGUUGGGGCUCGGUAGCUUAACAUGGGACAGUGGUGGUGGCGGCGGCGGCAGCUGCUGCUGUUUUGCUUCCUCCUGCUUAUCUUGAGAAUCAGUUGUGGGAAGCAAAAAGAAAAAGAAGAGAAGGAGGAGGAGGAGGAGCACCUACCCAGCAAAUGCGAAGUCUGUAAAAUACUGAGCUUGGAGCUUCAGGGGGAGCUGAAUCGGAGCAGCCGGUCUCGGGAGUUGCUAGAACUCGGGCAGGUGCUAGACACUGGCAAGAGGAAGAGACAAGUCCCCUACAGCACUUCGGAAAUUCGACUGGAGGAGGCUCUUGAAAACCUGUGUGAACAGAUUCUGGAUUACAGCGUCCAUGCUGAGCAUAAGGGCUCCCUAAGAUACGCCAAGGGUCAGAGUGAGACCAUGGCAACCCUGAAAGGCCUGGUACAGAAGGGCGUGAAGGUGGAUCUGGGAAUUCCUUUGGAGCUGUGGGAUGAACCCAGUGUGGAGGUUGCAUUCCUCAAGAAGCAGUGUGAGCUGAUGUUGGAGAGUUUUGAAGAUGUCAUCGAAGACUGGUACUUCCGCCACCAGGAGGUACCCCUCCAGAAGUUCCUCUGUGAAGGGCAUGUGCUUGGGAAAGAGGAGAUGGAUUGUCUUCAGGAAACCUGGACUGAGGAAUCUAGAGAACAGAAUUCGAAGGGCCUGGAAGAGAGCCUAGGGCACCACCCUCAUGAUACUGCGGACCUCUGACCAGACUCAGGCCUAAUGUCACCUCCUAUCUUUCUAGAUCACUGUUAAAGUUCGUUUUUAUAUACGUAUAUAUCAUCUAGGUAUGAAGGUGAUGUCACCUUUAUAACUGUAGUUUAGCCAAGCUGCAUCUGGAGAUUUUGUCUGCUCAGUGUGGCUGCUGGCUGUGGUAGCCCCUAAGUUUGGAGACAACAGAAAUGAGUGGCAAGUCUUUGAAGGAAGCCGUGGGGAUCCAAGGUGUUUUCGGACUUGCACCUGUGCCACCAUCUACAUGUUUCUGGUGGGGAGGUUUACAAGGCCAGUACCAUCUUGGCUGAUAAAUAUGUAAAGGAGCUUGUGGAGAUCAAUAGCCAUUAGUGCCUUUUCUCUGUGCCUUCCUUCUAACCAGGUGGGGAGGGGGCAAGGAGUGGCCCACGCAAGGGGAAAGUGACCAAAAUACCUAGAAGGGCUUCUUAAACUUUUUCUACUUGAGACCCCUUCAGCACUUCUUAAACUGUGGGUCGAGAUCACAUGGAUGGAAUGGAAUCUCGACCCACAGUUUCAGAAGGGCUGACUAGAGGACCCAGGAAAGGCUCUUUGCAUGUACAGGUGUAGAUCCUGUACUGAAGCCAGUAAGUGUGUGAGAGCUUCAUCUUAGAUCAGGGGUUCUUAAUUUGGGGUCUAUGAAUUUUUCUUAAUGCUUUGAUAAUUAUAGUUCAAUAUAAUUGGUUACCUUUGUAAUCUUAUGUGUUUUUUAAUGAAUUUUUAAAACAUUGUUCUGAGACAGGAUCCAUAAGCUCUACAGUCUGCCAAAGGGGUCAGUGACACAUAACAACCCUUGUCCUAGCAGGUGGAAAAGCGGUUUGAAGGCUGUGGAGGAGAGGGAGGAGUGUUAAAGAUCCCAUCUUGUUGCAGAAAGGAUAAAUUAAAUGGGGAUAGGAGAGGGCCCCCUAAAGGACUGGUUUAGGGUUGACCAGGGUGAGCGGUAGAGUUUUGUAAAUAGCCAGUAACCUACAUGCCUUCUUCUCUCUUCUCCUUUAGCCUAGAACGCUCCUGGCCAUGAGCUUGCAUGAAUGGACAGACUUUGGAUGGGGACUUCCCCUUGGGGAUUUCCAGGGACCCCUUUUCUGUGGUACUCCUGCUUCUAGGCUACUCAGAGCUCCAUAGGCUGGGGGUGCCCAGAGAGCUGAUGGCUCUGUCACCUUUGUCCUGUUCAAGGCCUGGGUCCUGGUCCUUGAGAAUCUGGACACGGACCAGCACCCCAUAGAUGGGGAGACCUAAGCACCCAGCAGAAGGGGGCCUCGGACUCUAUCCUGGUAAACAAUGGGGACUCCUGGGCUCAGGAAGUCCUGUUGGAGGCCCUAAUGGUGGUUGUGGGAACCCACGGAGACUCAAACAACAUAGGAAACCUGGGUCUAUUCCCUGAAUUAGCCAUCUUAGUUUCUGUAACUGCUUUCCCUACAGAGUCAGUACAGUGGCUUAGUGGAUAGAGUGCUGGGUCUGGAAUCAGGAAGACCUGAAUUCAGAUCCAGUUCAGACAUGGGCAAGUCACUUAAAUUACGUCUACCUCAAUAUUCCUCAGCUGUAAAAUGAGGGUCAUUGUGAAGAUCAAUUGAGACAAUAUUUGUAAAGCACUUAGCGCAGUGCCUGGAACGUAGUAGACACUUAAUAAACCCUUCCUCUCUCCCUCCUACCCUACCCAGAGGCCUCUACCUACCAUCAUUGACUAAGUGAGGCACAGCCCUUGCAUUUGGGUCCAGAACUAGAGGUACGGGUGACUCUUACCGUGAAGGUGGCAGGGAUGUGAUCAAGGGGAUGGUUGGAACGGCCUUUUGCACUAUAGUGAGGGUCAGUUAUAUAUCUGAGAGGGAGGGGGAUGGGGAGCAGUAGUUGAAACUCAGCAAUAACCUUGUGGCCCAGAGGCAAAGCCUCUGGGAGGAUAUUAUACGCUGCUGAUGGGGUGGUACCCGGACAUGAAGGAUGACCUUUAAAAGUUUUGAGGGAGGCUAGACCACCAGAAAUGGACGCCACAAAGAGCAGCGGACCACGGAUAGGAAUCAGAAUCCAAGACAAGAACAAGAAAGGCCUCCCAGUCCCAGGGCCUGCAAUGGCAGGUGCCCUGGGCACCUGGAGCCCUGAAGGAAGUGGGAGGAUUUCUGCCGCCCCUGUUGUCCGCCCAGCCGGAACGUUAGAGCUGAGGAGAAACUUUUAUGUCAACGUUGUUUCCCCCUUUUCUCACCCAGUGGUGAGAACAAAGGUUCUUAAAAACGUGUUUCUUCUCCCUAAGACCCAUUCUACUUUCCUCGUAUAAAAUGGGGACAGUAAUUCUUGUUUUCCUCAUAGAGGGAAUCAAGUGAGAGGAAAGAUCUACAAGAACCAGAAAACCACGUUGCCCCACGCAAAUGUCAGAUAUUGUGUUCCAAGAUAUCCUCUCAUUCCUGGUAGAAACUACCAGGUCUUGCGUGAUCCGGACUGUGGCUCCUUGGUACUUGAACUACUUGGUGAAUGCUUACCUGCCUUUUCCCUUUGGAGUUUUGGGAAAAGAUCAGUGGGUUCUUUCUGUCUUGACUUCGCCAUCCAGUUCUAAGAGAUCUGGACAGUUUUCAUUCGUUAAGUGCCUAUUAUUUGGCAGGCACUGAAUAGUAUCAGAGUAGAUAGCCUUUCUUUGCUUCUAUUUUUACUGUGACGUCCUCUAUUUCUGCAUUUUAUAUCUUCAUUUCAAAUAAAUACAUUUUCAGGAAAAUCCUACUAUUCUGAUAAAUUUUAAUAUUUUCGACUUGAGUAGGCAUACUUGUUAACUCUUCUGAAUGUAUUUGUUAAUUAUUAUUAAUGAUUGAUUAUUGAAAUACUUUGCUGUUCUCAUUUCUUUCCAAAUCUUGAGCCAUCCUUUCAUUCCUUGUAUAAAUUUUUAUGCUUAUAACG